CCGGCCCCCUCCUCUCCCUCCCGCCGCCCGCCCUCCCUUCCUCCGGUCCUGUAGCCAAUUAGACGGCCCCGUCGGGCGAGAGGCGUGGGGAGCUCCAUAAAGCGGCGGGGAGCUGUCACCCUGCUAGCAAGCUGCGCAGCGCCCAGGCCGAGCCGGUGCGCCGCAGACUCGGCCCAGGGUGAGCGGAGGAGUCAUGGCCACCACUAACGGGGCCGUGGAAAACGGACAGCCGGACAGGAAGCCGCCUGGUCUGCCGCGCCCCAUCCGCAACCUAGAGGUCAAAUUCACCAAGAUAUUUAUCAACAAUGAAUGGCAUGAAUCCAAGAGUGGAAAAAAGUUUGCCACAUAUAACCCUUCAACUCUAGAGAAAAUAUGUGAUGUGGAAGAAGGAGAUAAGCUUGACGUGGACAGGGCUGUGGAGGCCGCACAGGCCGCCUUCCAGAGGGGCUCACCAUGGCGCCAGAUGGACGCUCUUAGCCGCGGCCGCCUGCUGCACCAACUGGCUGACCUUGUAGAGAGGGACCGUGCUAUCCUGGCCACCCUGGAGACAAUGGACACGGGGAAGCCAUUCCUGCAUGCCUUUUUCAUCGACCUGGAGGGCUGUAUUAAAACCCUCAGAUACUUUGCCGGUUGGGCAGAUAAGAUCCAGGGCAAGACCAUCCCCACAGAUGACAAUGUUGUGUGCUUCACCAGGCAUGAACCCAUCGGUGUGUGUGGGGCCAUCACUCCAUGGAACUUUCCCCUGCUGCUACUGGUAUGGAAGCUGGCGCCCGCCCUGUGCUGUGGGAACACUGUGGUCCUAAAGCCAGCGGAGCAGACGCCCCUCACCGCCCUGCAUCUCGGCUCUCUGAUCAAAGAGGUUGGGUUCCCUCCAGGUGUAGUGAACAUCGUGCCAGGAUUUGGGCCUACAGUGGGAGCAGCAAUUUCUUCUCACCCUCAGAUCAACAAGAUAGCUUUCACUGGGUCCACACAGGUUGGAAAGCUGGUUAAAGAAGCUGCCUCUCGGAGCAAUCUGAAGAGGGUGACACUGGAGCUUGGGGGAAAGAACCCCUGUAUUGUGUGUGCUGAUGCCGACUUGGACUUGGCAGUGGAGUGUGCCCAUCAGGGAGUGUUCUUCAACCAAGGCCAAUGCUGCACGGCUGCUUCCAGAGUGUUCGUGGAGGAGCAGGUCUACGCAGAGUUUGUCAGGCGGAGCGUGGAGUACGCCAAGAAAAGGCCCGUGGGAGACCCCUUUGAUGUCAGGACCGAGCAGGGGCCCCAGAUUGAUCAAAAGCAGUUCGACAAAAUCCUCGAGCUGAUCGAGAGUGGCAAGAAGGAAGGGGCCAAGCUGGAAUGUGGAGGCUCCACCCUGGGGGACAGGGGCCUUUUCAUCACACCCACUGUCUUCUCAGAAGUUACAGACAACAUGCGGAUUGCCAAAGAGGAGAUUUUUGGACCAGUGCAAACAAUACUAAAGUUCAAAAAUAUGGAAGAAGUGAUAAAAAGAGCAAACAGCACUGACUAUGGACUCACAGCAGCUGUGUUCACAAAAAACCUCGACAAAGCCCUGAAAUUGGCUUCUGCAUUAGAAUCUGGAACGGUGUGGAUCAACUGCUACAAUACCAUCUACGCACAGGCUCCAUUCGGUGGCUUUAAAAUGUCGGGAAAUGGCAGAGAACUAGGUGAAUAUGCUUUGGCUGAAUACACAGAAGUGAAAACUGUUACCAUCAAACUCGGCGACAAGAACCCCUGAGGGAAAAAAGGUUCCUUCCUCAAACACGGAUAGCUGACUGUGGCAGAGCAAACCUGCCGAAGAAAAAAAUCACUUUUCUGACCUUCUUGGGAUACUUUCUUCUGGAGGCUUGAAAUCUACUGGAGUUGAAUGAUUUUUUUGUUUCCUUCUUACACUCAUGUUUAUUGAUCAAACUAUGGAUGCCCAUAUGCUGUGUGCAAAAUUGCAGGCCUGCCUGGGAAGGGAGCGGUUGGUCGUUUCCAAUUUUCCCUAUAGACCAGGUCCAAGAGACAGUGAAGAUACUCAGGGCUUUGUUAACAGGAAGUGGUAUUUGAAGUAUCCAGCAGUUGCUUAAAAAUGCUUUGCUGACUCUGACUCCAGUAAGAAUUCAGAAAAAAACUCCGUGUGUGUUCUGUGAGCAGGCCCUGUACUGCGGUCUCCUCAGGGUUACCCGCUCAUAGAACAUUCCCUUCCUCUUUCUGAGGUAGAGGUUGGAUCAUUCAGUGGGAAAAGAUCAGCAUAAAAUUAAGAAAAAUUUUUUAAUAAUUUAAAAAAAAGGAUUUCACGGUGAUAAGCUUAUGGGAAGUGAGUUCCGGGGAAGGGUGCUAGAGGCCAUUGGGGUGGGUCUUUGAGGUCUAUAAAUUGACACUGACAUGUGAUUCAGCUUAAAACCAAUCUGCCUUUGGAAUAUGACUGAAUCAACAGCCCAAAAAGCUUGCUCAAAAACUAUAUCACCUUAACAAAGGCAUUUUUCUUAGGCAGAAAACAUGGUUAGCAUGACCUUUGCUGCUAAGGAUCCAAUGUUCUAACACUACAACAGCACAGCAAACCUUAGGAUAAUGAAGUUCCACAUUUGACGAAUCAGAGCAAUAAUUCGCUUUUACAAAUUAUGCAUUUCACCCAUAUUCGCUAAUGGUUUAUGACAAGCCUAUGUAGUUUUCCUUUUCUCCAAUUCUGUAAUACAGUUUAGAUUAGUCAAAUGCACACAACCCGAAAGACUGCUGUUAUAAUACAGCCCUGUCUUUUUUAAGUCCUAUUUUGAUAUUAAUUUCUGAUUAGUCAAUAAAUCACACCUGUAUUCCAUGGAGGCCCUGGAUCUUCAUCCAAGGGACAUAUUUUACUAACAGAUGGUGAUUUGUUUUUUUCCUCUUUGGGUAUCCAAAUGCCAUGUAAUUUCAUGUUUUAACAUGGGAAGCUGAAAAUGUUCCCAGAUAGCUUUAAAAACAAAAGCAAAUUUAAUUCAUGUUAUUCAGAUACUUUUGGAUACUUUUACUGUUGCUGACUAGUACUUUUCUAACUGGGAAGCUGGUGCUUCUGCUUGAGAAUGAAUUCGGAGAGAGAAAUAAUAAAAUGAAGCUCUACGUCAGAACCAGUGUAUAAAAUGGGGUUAUCACCUCUGUCUGAGAUAAGCAAUACCAAAUUCACCUUCUCUCCAUCAGUUAACAUCCAUCACUUAUGCUUCCAAUACCUUGUUAAGUCAGGAUUUGACUUCAUACACUGAAUUUUCAGUAUUUUAUCUCAAGUAACUAUAGACACUAACCUUCAUAGUAAUACAUUAGAGGGUUCCUAUUCAUUCAUUGUACAAUAAUGCCUUUAAUAUGAAAUGCUACAUUAUUUAUAAUUGGUAUAGUUAUUAUAUCUUUUAUAGUUGUAAGUACACAGAGGUGGUAUAUUUAACCUUCUGUAAUAUACUGUAUUUAGAAAUGGAAAUCUAUAUAAUGUUAGAUUUCACUUCUUUUAAGGUUAAUUCCUGUGUUAUGGUUUAAAAAUCAGCUUGGGAAUUCUGAUCCUAACUACAGAAUGUGUUCGACAAUGCAACAACAAUUAAAAAAAAAAAUGGAUGUUUGAGAAA